AUGGAUGAACAUGAUUUGGCUGUAAAGCUAAAACAAGUUUUGUUGAGAAAUAAGUAUCUCUUAGUUUUGGAUGAUUUAUGGGACGCUAAGGCUUGGAAUUUGUUGGAGAGAUCAUUGCCCGAUGAUGCCAAUGGAAGCAGGAUUCUCAUCACGAGCAGAUUGCAGAAUUUGUCUCUGCAAUUCAAACCUGAUAGCAAGGUUCACCAUCUCCGCCACCUUACCGACGAAGAGAGUUGGAAUUUGCUGCAGAAAAAGCUAUUUGGCAAAGAAGGUUGUCCUCCAAGACUCAGUGGAGUUGCUUCUCAAACAGCAAAAUCUUGUAAGGGCUUACCUCUCACGAUUGUCCUUGUUGCUGGAAUUCUUGCUAAUACUGCAGAAGACUGCUGGAAAGAAGUUACAAAGCGUCUAACUUCUAGUAUUAUCCUUGAUGAUGAAUACUGCAUGAAGACACUUGAGCUGAGUUACAGUCAUUUACCGGAUGAUUUGAAGCCGUGCAUUCUUUACUUUGGUGCAUUUCAAGAAGACAAAAGUGUUCCCGUUCGAAGAUUGCUUUGGCUCUGGAUCUCUGAAGGAUUUGUACGAAAGACCAAAGGAAUGAGAUUAGAGAAUGUGGCAGAUGACUACUUGAAGGAUCUGGUUGAUAGAAGUUUAGUUAUGGUUUCCGAACAAAGAAUUAUGGGUGGUGCCAAAGCCUGCCGAGUUCACGAUUUGGUACACGAGUUUUGUGUGAAAAAAGCCCAAGACGAAAACUUUCUACAUAUUUUGCAUAGUCAGAAUGAUUGUUUUAUUUUUACUAGCCCAAGCAACCCCCUUCGAGUUUGUGAUCGAAGUGCUAGGAAUUUGAUGAUUCGGGAGUCAAUGCUAGAAUUUCCCAAUGCCCGCAAUUUGUUAUCGUUUAAGGAGGAUGAUUCGGGGUUUUGGUUACCUAAACUUCUAAGAGUGUUGGAUUUGGGGAAAUUGGUGUUUGGUGAAUAUUUUCCGAUGGAAGUACUUUUGCUUGCUCAGUUGAGAUACUUGGCUCUUCGUCUUAACUUGAUAGAUUCUAUCCCAGCUGCAACAGCAGACCUCUCAAGGUUACAAACUUUUCUGGCACGAGGAGAAUAUUCCUCUGAUUUUUUGUUACCCAAGACUAUCUGGAACAUUAAGACAUUGAGGCAUCUAUGGACUACAAAUCCCGAAGUUGGUUUUAUUUUUCCUGUUGAAAAUCUUGAAGCAUCCCCAGGUUUAGAUCGUUUAGACAGUUUAAGCCUUGCCAUUGAUCCCUCCUCUCAAAGCUUGCAAAAGAUACCGACAAAGUUACCAAACAUCCGCAGGCUAAGAUGUAAGAAGAAGGCAUCAAGAGAAGAACCUACCAGAAUUGGCGACGGGAUUCUCGUGUUUGACUGUUUGAAUCAACUAGAAUCACUUACUCUGCGUUACUUUGAUAGGUACAGAUUUAAAUUCCCUUUGAAUUUGAAGAAGUUGACCCUCCGAAUGACUAAACAGCCAUGGAGUGAAAUCUCAACAAUUGGAAAGUUGCCCAAACUUGAAGUGCUUAAAUUAUGCCGUAACUCCUUCGUUGGGGAAGAAUGGGAAAUGAAAGAAGAGGAGUUCCCCAAGCUCCGAGUCUUGAAAUUGUCAAGGUUGUGCGGCUCUCGCAGCUGGACUUCAUCUUCUGAUAAUUUUCCCCGUCUUGAGAAAUUGAUUGUGCACAAUUGUUGGAUGUUGGAAGAGGUGCCUUCUUGUUUAGGGGAAUGUCCGACUCUUGAAAUGAUUGAGUGA